UAUUUUGACAUAAGACUUAUUUUGACACAUCCGCCGUUUUACGGAAGUCCGUGUCGCGUCUCUUCGACAACAAAAUAAGCAGGAGUGAAACUGAAAUCGUCAACAUGCGUCGAUCAUCGAUCAGCUGAAGAAGAUCUGAGCUGACAUGGACUUCUGAAGUUGUGUCAGUGAGGCAGCAGGAUGGAGGAGAUGGAGGAGGACCCGCUGGAGAGGAUUGAGGAUGAUAAUCACAACUGUGGCGCUGCUGAGGGUGUGUGUGAGAGUGUGUGUUCACCUGAGCAGGUGUGUGUGGAUUAUGAUUCCAGCAGCGAGUCCGACAGUUCGGCCACAUCUGCGUCUAACAGCGCCGCGCUGCUGCUCAACUCGACCUCCAAGUUCCUCUUGAACGCAAUGACAGCAGAAGACUACAGGACAGUUUACUGGCCAAAGCUAGAGAGAGCCAUUGAGCAUCUGCUCACUCAAAGCCCAAUGGACCACAUCUCCAUCUCGUAUGAACAGAUCUACAGUCACGUUUAUAAGUGCGUGUGCCAACAACACUCAGAGCUGCUCUACAAUGACUUGAUGUGGAAGAUCACUUCUCAUCUAGAACAAGUGUCUUCUGAGCUACAGGCCAGCCCACCAGAACAUUUGAUUGAAAACUUCAACCUGGCUCUGACGCAGUACACCGCCGCCCUACACUGCAUCGUUCCCGUCUUCAUCUAUAUGAACAAGUUCUACAUUGAAACCAAGCUGAACCGAGACCUGCGGGACGACCUUAUGAAGCUUUUCUCGGAUCAUGUAGCAGAAAAACACGUCAGCACGUUACUGCCUCUUCUUAAAAAGGCUCAUUCCAUGCCAUUUCAAGUCAAACCGUCAACUAUGGAGAGUGUUGUGAAAGGUCUUUACACCCUCCGGCCAGACUGGGUUCCUCUUGCUCCGGCUCUGUUUUCGAGAUUCAUUCCUCAGAUCGAUCCUCCUGCUCUGGAGUCUCAGCUCCCGUAUUACGCCGCUCAAGACAAAAAACUGCAGAUGGAGCUUUGUCAGAACGGCUUCUCCAGGGGUGAUCAGUCGCGGAAGCGAGCGAGUGAAGAAUCGUGACAGCGAAGUGGAUUUUUACUCUACUUCAGCGGGCUGAAAGACACAGACAUGCCCAAACAGAGACGGUUCAUCUGUUCACACAGUCCUUUGGGAAUUCUCGGAUAUUUUGAGGAUUCUCAAAAGCAUUACAGAACUACACAAACAUGAGCAUCAUCACUAAUAGCCUUCAGUGUGCAUGUGGAGACACUUGGGUUUCUGGCCAAUGAGCAUUUGCAGAUGUCCGGUUAUAAAAGAGAUGGAUUCAUGGAAAUGCUCUUUUCUCUUGUUCUGGUUUUGUUUCACAGAAUUCAUCAUUUUUCCUGGUUUAUUUGUCCAAUCGAGCAUGCAAGCUGUUUUUCCUCUCUACUUUUAAGUUAUUUUUCCCUUACCUUGUCAUUCAGUUUGCUGCGAUAUCACGUGGUUUCAGAACGUAUGGUUUAGGAGUGCUAUAGUGUGACCGGCGUGAGACUGCAGUAAUGUGAUGGUGGAUCCAGGUUGUUUUGCAAAGUGAUGAAUGAAGGUAUUCCAAAUCCAGAUUACCUACUUAUUUUUUAAAUUUUAUUUUAGGAUCACUACUGUAGUUAAGUUUUAUUCGGUUUGACACACUUUUAUCUGAUGACCAUAUUACCUAAUAAUGAUGUGCCUUUGGCUAUUCGCCUUCCUUUUAGAGUUUUAAAGUGGAAAUGUGAUCUGUAAAUCAAUCAUUUAUUAUGAUAACUGUUGAUAUAUAUAUAUAUAUUUUUUUUGCAUCAGUAGAUGAUCUAAUAUUUGGGGGGGGGGGACCACAGCAGUUUGUGAAAAACCAGGACAUAUGAAAUCCAGGUGUAAUAUAAAGGGCUGCUAGUAAUUUGUCUGGAAUAAAUACACGACACUGAAACAA